UUUCCUCUUACCUCUAUGCUUUCAGCUGAAGAAGGACCAUUGAUUCUCCUCCAUAUCUUUCUGUGCUUCAAAACACAUUGCCUAUUCAAAGGCAUCCUUCUUCUGACCUCAUUCAGUUACUGUGGCUCGGCUUGUUUGUUGUCUGGGGUAACGCUGUUGCUGGGGAUGAUGUCAGAACGCAUUCAGCUCUCAGUAGCCCUGUGUAGGAUUGGCUUUUACAAGUGGAGAGAUGCCUUAAAACAGCUGAACACACCAGAAUGGAGACAGAGAGAGAAGAACUUGCUAGCAGGCUCCCGGACACGCUGUCGCCAGGUCCUCAACUGCUCCUCCAUCCUCCAUCCUCCAUCCUCCAUCCUCCAUCCUCCAUCCUCCAUCCUCCACACCAAUUCAUCAGCAUCUGGCGGAUGCCAGCUUGGUCCUGUAGAAAAUCUGACUUGAUGUGUCUCCAGACGUUGUGCUGUAAGGCUUCCCCUCCACCCAGACCAGAGUUUGAUGUUGUGUGUAUUGGACUGAGCGGUGCAGGCAAGACCCGUCUGCUAUCUCGUUUGUGCAAUGAGAUCAGUGAUGGUACCGUACCAACCACAGGUUUCAGCAUCAAGGCAGUGCCAUUCCAAAAUGCUGUACUUAAUAUCAAGGAGCUCGGAGGAGCCGAGACCAUAAAGAAGUACUGGUGCCGAUAUUACCAAGGAUCCCAAGCUGUGGUGUUUGUACUCAACAGUGCUACGUCAGAUGAGGAGAUGGAGGCAUCCCGAUCUGAGCUCCACUUGGCCCUGCAGCAUCCUCAGCUCUGCACUCUUCCUUUCCUCGUUCUCGCCAACCACCAGGUUUCACCAGCUGCACGCUCUGUACCGGAGAUACAGAAGUACUGGGAAUUGCAGCCCCUGGGACAAGGGAAGAGAUGGAUUCUUGCAGGCAGCACAUCAAACAACAUGGAGCCAGUGAAGGAGAGCUUCAGUCAACUCAUCAGUUUUUUGGAAGAGAAGGAGGUGCAAACUAACAGGAUAUGA